AUGAUGAGAAGUUAAAACUGAAAAAAAGGCCGAUAACAAGCAGGCAACAAACUCAGGAAGUUCCACGGUAGCAUUCAUACAGUCAACUCUCUCGUAAGCGAGACCACCCUUAGUGCACGACAAAGUGGUCUCUUACGGGAGGUUGUCGUCUACAGAAUAAUAAAAAAAAAUCAAGAAAAUGAGCUCAAACUGAACUGAUUAAGGAGAAUACAUGAAGUUACCUCACAAGCUACAACUUAGGUAAACAGACAACUUGCAAUAACGUUUCACUUAAUAGCUCUUGGAACUACUCAACACAACUUACAAUUGAUGCAAAUAUUUUGCGUCAAUGUUACAAUCCACCUUUUCCCCUACAGAUCGUAUUACAGUCGUCUUUUUUGUAAGUAGACUUUUGUAAUCUGUCAGCACGCUUGGACAGUGCUUUUUAAAAACUGAGCUUUUGUAACACUCAAGUAAUGAUUUUCUUACAAUCAUACGAGAUCAUGCCGGGUGGUGAAAACAGCCGUUUCUCCUUGCUCCCCGUCGCUGAGGACGUUUCGCCAGGAGGAACGUCUGCGACUCAGCGACAGAAAUUCCGUACUGAUGACGUAGAAUCUGUCCGGAAUCUGGUCAGGAGCUCUGAUUGGUGGACGUGGUAGUUAUAUUGUUUUACCUACUGUUUCUGAAUUACAGACUAAAGACAAAAGGCCACAAAGGUCAAAUGUAAACGUGAUGAACCAUUACAAAAAAGUCAAUAUUCUUAGAAUAUUAGACUUUCAAAAAAGUCCUUCAUCGGAUUCCAUAUGCUCGCGGUCGGCCGCUUGGCGGCCAAACAAGGCUCGCUUCGCUCGCCACGAGGUCGACUUGUAGUAAGUCUACACAAACGCCUGCUCAGCCGGAAACAGCAUUCCUUUCCCAUUGUUUUAUUUGCGUGGUAAGUGACCAAUAAACAGUUGUGCAAUAAAGUGUUGACAGGCUAAACGAGACUUAAACGUGACCCUACAGUUGCCGUUUUCCUUCUUUUCUUUCCUUCGUUAAGGUUAUGAAGUGCAUGGAGUAUUCUAAAAUUUGAUCAAACCUUGUUUUUGCCGCUGUGAAUCUAACAUUUAUUGGAGGUUAGAAAGUUUUUCCAGUGUUUCAUGCAGAUCGAGUAAUUAUCAGAUUACCUUGCGGUCAAGGUCAACUUUCCAGAAUUUGGAAAGUACAAUGUGAUUGGCUAAGCAUGGGAAAGGAAUGUUGUCUUCGGUUGAGCAGGCGUUUGUGGGGAGGGAUGAAAAACGAGCUCCCCUAAAAACGCCUGCGUGGGAGGCUAGGCUGGAGCUCAUUUGCAAAAGAACACAAAACGUUACCAUAAUCGACCAAGAGAAACAAAAAUCAAACAAAUUUACAUUUGGAACUCCAAGACUAUACCAGAUUUAUUAUGUAAACAUUGAUUUACGACAUCAGUAUGGAAUAAAAGUCGCUGAGUCGCAGACGUUCCUCCGGGCGAAACGUCCCAAGCGGCGAGGAGCAAGGUGAAACGGCUGAAUUCGCAGGAUAGCUGGGUGGCCGCUAGCCUUCCACGCAGGCGUUUUUAGGGGAGCUCGUCUUUCAUCCCUCCCCUCAAACGUUGUUUGUGGGGAGGGUCAGUGACCGCUUAAGGGAAACAUAAAACAAAAGAAUACGUCGAAUAUUUGCCGUUUAAAAAAUGGUCCGGUCGUUUAAGGCUGAUCAAUGUUAUUUAAUCGCCUAAAAAGGGAUUUUAUCCUUGUCCGAUAGCUAUAACAUUUUCACCACUAACUGACUUUGGAUUGAAGUUUGUCAAAAAAAGCAAAAACAAAAAACAACAUCAACAGCUACCUUAGGAGUCACUACGAACAAAAAAAUGUCUUGUUACUUUUUUUUUAUGUUGUACUUAACAUAUGCUGUUGCGCAUUAUCUAAAACAUCACCAAACAUGAUUUUCAUAUCACGGGCCGCUUAAUUUUUUUUUGCGCAAAAAAUGACACCUGCAUACCCUCAAGCAAACAAGACAGCGAAUUAACAUGGUAGAGUGGCCGGUCUGAUGUUCUAUGAUAAGAUUAAACUAGUAGUUUCCAGUGGAAAGUAAAGUGUUGCGAAUAAAGCAUGGCAUUUCAAUUAAUUUGCAUCAGUUGCAGUUUAUUUCGAUUGUUGAUAUUUGACAUUAACCGUGUCACAUACUGUGCAUGUAAUGCUACACGACACGAAGGCGAUCGAUAAAAACUGAACUUUGAACCGAAAUAAGUGUUUAUAUCAAGCUUCAUUGCAUAAAAGUCACGAGUAAGAAUAAAUCAGGGUAUUAUAAGUUAAGAGCACGCGAGCGUUGAAGAGAGUGAAAGAGUGAAUUUCCAAUCGAGUUUAAUAUUAAAUUAAAACUGGUUCAUAAACCUUCGUUAGGGUAUCAAAUCAUUUUCAAUCUUUGCUUUCGUCGUGUAUAAAACGUUUUACUACCAAGGGAAAACAAACCUUGUCACUUUGAAGAAAAACUCUUAAUAACUAAAGCAAUUUAUCGAUUAAAUUAAUACAACAAAGCCUAGCUGAAAACAAAUUUAGUUAAAACACCGACUUUAUUUACCGUAGAGUUCCAGGAAUUGCUUGAAAUAUUCUGAGAAACGUAUCGCUUCAAUUCAUGGGAAUUUUUUACCUCCACUUGCAUUCAUACUCUUCGCAUGCAAAAACGUGGCUUUCUAUCCGAAAAACAGGAUUUCGCAAGCGCUUAAAGUUUUCCACAUCACACUUUAUUCGUGUUCUUUUGUUUUCUUUCUGAAUCGAUUGACUGCGAAUGAAAGAUCGCAGACUUCGAAGGCCGUACUUGAAAUCGAGGCAGAUGCGGUGAUAUACAUGCAUACAUACAUACUUAGUAUACAGGUAUUUUGAGAAAGGUUGUCGGAUAAAGUGCACGUGACAACCCCGAAAGGCAUUGUGGGUUGUUUUUGAGUUCACCGUUUUUCAAGGAAAUUUGAAAGAAUGGCAGGAGAGGCCAUGGACAUAUGUCUGUGAGUGCUAAAGGACAGCAACAAAAGUAUUGAUCAUAUCCCAUACUACCUUUCGGGAUUGUCGCGUGCACAUUUUUUCCGACAACCUCUCUCGAAAUAGCUGUAUACACACUCAGUCACCUUGGUGAUUUAAGCAAUCUGAUUAGUUGGCUAUCUCGGACUGUUCAACAACAUUCACCUCCUAGGAAGUGCAUAAUGUAUGAGCUCGGUGUUUUUCCCUUUUUUUAGAGAAUGAUCUUUUAAAAGUCGACAGAACCCUUGGGUUGACUUUUUUAAAGGCAAGAAAAGACUUCGAAGGAUUCAAAACGGCGCUUUUCCAUUUACUGUAGCUGAGUUUUGGGCUCGAUAGAUUGUUUACAACUCCCGUUUGUUCGCGUAGAAGAGGCCGUUUCGUGAACUCAGCGUUUCCUAACAAGAAAAAUUUGGCCCAAAAAUCGAAGUAUAUUCAUGACAAACAAAUUUGAAAGCAAAUGUUCACAGAAAUUAUAUGUUUCAAGUUAAUAGGAAAAAGAAUGCUAUAGGAAGACGAUGUCUUACCUCGAGCAACCGAGCCGCUAUUUUUGUCAGCACUCCAUGCGAAGAGCGGCACAACAAACCUUUUUGACUAUAAACUUGGCGAGUCAACAGAAAACAACAAAGCUCUACUUUUAGUUUCUUCUCAGAUAAGGAAACAAUUCAAAAGUUUAACGGUUUCAUUUAAGCCAUGACGCUGUUUGCGAAAUAAUAAACUUGUGAUUUGUCAUGUCUGAAAAUUCUGCAAAGAUCUAUUUUAAAUCUUUUGCGUGAUUUGAUCCGUCAAUCAAAUCGUACUUUUUAAUGGGUUUCCUCUCUGGUUUUGUUGAGAUUACUUCGUGUGUAUAUACUAGACUGACAAUUAUUCUUUUCAAUCUCGGUGAAUAGUGGCUUUAGGAACUGAUAUUCAGCCACUGUUCACCUCGAUUUCAAAGAAUAAUUUUUAAAUAUUUGCCUUCCUGAUACGCUUCCACUGCAGGUGUGACUAUAUGAUAUUGGCAGGUUUUCAUCAAGGAAAAUAUAUUCAAAUAGCAGAAAAUGACGGUAGAACACUUGUCUGUCCACUUGCUUUGGGCAAAAAAACUGAGCUUUUGUGUCGAUUCUUCAACUCGAAAAGCCAAAUUGGGUGACAAUUCUUUCCCCUUCGCUUAAACGUCAGCUUACAUCGAGGUAAGUUUCACAAACGUGACUAACAUAGUUUGUCCAUUACGACGAUUUGGCUGAGCUUUCAACGUCAUUCGUCAUUCGCAUGACUACUUAGACAACUAAAGAAAGUUCUGUAAUGAAAGAAACUCAAGAUGUCCAUUCAUCAUACGUCGCAAUCGCAGUCCUCAACGGUCUCCUAUGUUUUACCGCUAUAUUCCUGAACAGUGUCACCAUUAAGGCCUUAAGAAAAGCUUUGCCGCUACCAAAACAGCUAAAAACAUUACUCCUGAGCCUGACUGUUUCGGAUCUAGGAGUUGGCUUACUUGUCCAUCCUCUGCACAUUGCAUUGAUCAUAAUGGACUUGAAACAAAUUUCUUACAACGGACACGCUUAUGAUGCCACGCAAUACGCGUUUCUUGUUGCGGCAAAUUUACUUAUUCAUGCUUCACUUUUUGGUGUGAUAGCACUUGGCGCAGACAGAUUUUUGGCCAUUCAUCUUCACCUUAGAUACCAGGAACUUGCGACUCACAGGCUAGUAGUCGGUUCAGUGAUUUUAAUAUGGAUUUCUAGCGCAGCUAUUUCUUUACCAAGGCCAUGGGCUGCUAGGCAAAUUAUUUACAUUGCCUUCGCCAUCACCGACAGUUUAUGUCUUGUUAUUGCGGCGCUGCUUUACUGUAAGUUGUAUGUAACCGCGAAACGCCAUACAAAGCAGAUUACAACACAGCGAGGGCAAGACCUUGGAAGGAAAAAGGAACUUUUGCGAAAUGCUGCAACGUUAACUAAAUCUUCAACCGGAACACUCUUUGUCUACUUGGCGUUGCUGGUUUGUUAUUUACCAAAUGCAUGUCUUUUAGUGAUGUAUUCAAUCCUUGGGCAAAAUGCCACCAUAAAGACAAUGCAACUUUACACUGUGACCCUACUGUUUCUGAAUUCCUCUUUGAAUCCUCUCAUUUAUUGCUGGAAGAUGAGACACAUUCGGCAGGCUGUUAUGGACAUAUUACGAAAUAUAAUGAGAAAGUCUUAACUGGCAAGAAUUAUAACCGAGGAUGUGUCCUUCACAUAAAUGCAGUGACAUUUCUUGAUCUUAGAUACCAAUUAGAACAUAAAAUUAGACGUUAUCCGUUUGAAGAGGAAAAAGAAACAAUCAAACAAGAAAGAAGAAAAAACAAGACAAAACCAAGACAAGACAAAAGUGCACUAACCCUAGAAGCAUUCUUUCCAGCCAGCAAAUCCCGAACUUCGUUGUUGUAAAUUUCGCAUACGGACAUUUCAAGCGAGUAGCUCUCAUCUGGAUUCUCACGCUCACUGAUGAGUCUAUGAAUAAAAAUAGUCAAUUAAUAGACGGUGUAUUUAUCAGGUUUUAUAAAAUCAUAGAAUAAUCCGGCAGAUAAUCUAUCACUGCAACUGAAAGAACUGUAUUUUAUAAUCUCUUUAGGACGUAAAAUGUUCUUCAAAGUUCUUAUUUUAGGGCAGGAAGUCGUACGACCUACAUUAAAUUUACCGCUAAAAAAAGCAAGUGAUGAACAAGUGUUUAGAAGUUUAAUGGCGUUACAGUAGUUACACUUGAAAUGCAAGCGAAUGGUGCUAC